CAGAAGAUCCUGAUGAAUAAAAGCAGCAGAGGGAGACCUCCUUGUGUGUGUACGAGGUGCAGCGCCGGCACUGACCAGGAGGGGGAGCUCUGAGCAGCAGCAGCCCGUGGGCAGGAAGGCAGCAGGAGUGCAAGCUCUCCGGACAUGGAUGUAUUCCAGAAGGUGGAGAAGAUUGGCGAGGGCACCUACGGGGUGGUGUACAAGGCCAGAAAUAAGGAGACGGGCCAGCUGGUAGCCCUCAAGAAGAUCAGGUUGGAUCUGGAGACUGAAGGGGUCCCAAGCACUGCCAUCAGGGAGAUCUCCUUGCUCAAAGAGCUUAAACAUCCCAACAUUGUCAGGCUGCUGGAUGUGAUGCACAGCGAGAAGAAGCUUUACCUAGUGUUUGAGUUCCUCAGCCAGGACCUGAAGAAGUACAUGGACUCUACCCUGACCUCCGAGUUGCCCCUGCACUUAAUCAAGAGCUACCUCUUCCAGCUGCUGCAAGGAGUGAACUUUUGCCAUUCUCAUCGGGUCAUUCACCGAGACCUGAAGCCCCAGAAUCUGCUCAUCAACGAGUUGGGUGCCAUCAAACUGGCUGACUUUGGACUGGCCCGAGCCUUUGGGGUGCCUCUGCGGACCUACACUCAUGAGGUGGUGACACUCUGGUAUCGAGCCCCUGAGAUCCUCUUGGGCUGCAAGUUCUACUCAACGGCCGUGGAUGUCUGGAGUAUUGGCUGCAUCUUUGCAGAGAUGGUAACCCGCAGGGCCCUGUUUCCUGGAGACUCUGAGAUUGACCAGCUCUUUCGUAUCUUUCGGACCCUUGGGACACCCAGUGAGGCUGUGUGGCCAGGAGUCACCCAGCUGCCUGACUAUAAAGGCAGCUUCCCCAGGUGGACCAGGAAGGGGCUGGAAGAGAUUGUACCCAGUCUGGAACCAGAAGGCCAGGACCUGCUUAUGGUAGGUUACAGCAACUCCUGCAGUAUGACCCCAACCAGCGGAUCUCAGCCAAGACUGCCCUUGCCCACCCAUACUUUUCAUCCACCGAGGCCUCCCCUGCUCCACGCCCUUUUGUGCUGGACAGAUUCUGUCGCUGAGACCACUUGAGGCUGUAGAAGUUCUCUCCAACUGCUACCGCAGCUGCCUCCUCCCCACAGACACCCUAAGAAAGAGAGGAGAGCAAAGCUCUAAGGAAUUUGGAUUAGCCACCAGAGGGCUGAGUUUGGGUUAGUCCUGCCAAUGAUUUAGAGUUCCUGUGUUGUUUGUUGGGUUUGAUGGUGUGUUUUCAAGAUGCUGUCACGGAGUCUCCAUACACAAGGGAGACUGGGUUUGUUAGAGGCUGGGUCCCAGAACAAGUGCCAAGGGCAUCAGGAAGCGGGCCCAGGCUCCAGGCAAGUCAUUCCCAUGGUCCUUCCUGGGCCCUGCCCUCAGCCUCAUAGCCAUACCUCCAGGGAAAUGGUGCCACCUGCUGGCCAUUUUGGAUUUAAAAAUGUUUGGGAGAAAAACUGAGUUCAAGUUAAAGAGUUCCAUGCUAAACAAGAAGCUGGGUGGAGGGACCUGACCCCAGAGGGGUGGGGGUGGAGCGGUUGGUGGCAUGUGUGACUAUUCUAAAUAGUUGUCUUGUCACCUAGAAUGUACUUUAGUUUGCCUCUGGCUUUCAGAACAAGAAAUAAAAGUCACUCGUUUAUGA